CAGAGAGACCAUGCAGAAGGCUAUCAAGAAGGAGCUUAGCUUCUCGCUGGACACGCUGGAGCGUUACCGGGCCAAGUAUGGACGCAGUGCCUCGCUGGACACAAAUGGCGGCAUUGCUGUGGCAGCCCUCACGGAUGGGGAGCCGGUGACGGCAGCCUUAUCGCCGCCUGCCCCACCACCUCCUAGCGUCUUCACCAAGUCCUACUCGCCACCAAAGCUAACCAAACUCCAGGAGUUGCAGCAGAAGAAGGAGGCCUAUCUGAGGGCCAAGGAGCAUGAGAGGGAAAUGGAACAGCUGCAGCGUACGGAGCGACGAGCGGCCACAUCCACAAAUGGCUUGGAUGCACCCAAACCCAAGACAGGCAGUCCCACAAAGACUUCUCCCACUCCCAAUGGCACUUCGACAGCUGCUGCUGCAGCCACAAAGUCCUCCAGCCCGGCGGGCUACUCCAACUGGUCCAACCAUCAUGCAACUCUCUGCUCCCAGCCCUGGGUGGCCAUUUCGGAGCUGAUGUACUUCUGCGACAAGUACGAGUUCACCACCCUGAGCACGCGCGAUCUGAGGACACACCAGGAAAUCGUGGCGGAGGUGCGGGCCCUGCUGUCGGGCAAGGCGCCUUUCGAUCAGCGUACCCGGUUUCCCGGCAACAUUCACGAUCCGGAGAACCUGUGGGUAUGCAUUGGUCGCUGUGCCAGCGUAGAGUACCAUCUGCAGCGCAUCAUCAGCAUCUUCCGGAAGCCACUAAAUCAGCUCACGCCCGACAAGCAGCGAACAGUGCGCCAGAACUUCCAUCUGGCGGUAAGUGAGCUCCGGCUGGACAUCUCGGCGCGGAUAAGCGAGGUGCGCCUGUACGAUCGCUUGGUCUUUGAGCGAGAGUUCCGGCUGGAGUGGCAGGAGGCGGAGGCCUAACGAGAAAAAAGUGAUCAUGAUCAGUGUGGUGGACAGUAACGUUUAUUGCAAACUCUUCGCGCGGUGAAAAAAAAACGGUUACAAAAAUACACUUGGACACGGGAGACAGGAGACGGGCACGGGUGCUUGGAGUACAUAGCGUGCUCCUCCAUAUACCUUUUUCAGCUACAUAUAUAUAGUACAUAUUUCACAAAAUCUAGACCGUGUGUGGUGGAUUGCUCUCUCAACAAUUGCUCGCGUAACUAAAUCUAAAGGCCGCCGGCGGGGGAACAGGUGGAAUCGGGCUACAUAGCCCGAGUCUGUCCUCAGAUCAAGGCGCAACUUAUGGAUUACAAACAUUUCUAUAUAAUAUGUACACAUAAUGUUAACGUUAAAAUAAAGCACUUUUGUGUGAGUGGUUGCUCGUGA